UCCGUUUUUAGUGGGUCCGACGAGAUUCUGCGCAUCCUAAAGCAUAAAUUCGCCGCAAUGGCGGAGGGAGUACCUGCUGGUCUUAUUGAAGCCGAUGUAAACAUAACUGGAAACCAAACACAAAUCGCAAUGGCGUAUCUACAGGAUGAGAAAACUGAUGGAGACAUCGCUAACCUUAAUUUGGGAGAACUGGACCUGACCACUGAUGAGUUUAUCUUGGACGAAGUGGACACUCAUAUUCAGGCAAACUUGGAAGAUGAUCUUGUGAAAGAAGCUCUUAAAACGGGUGUUGACCUACGUCAGUACUCCAAGCAGGUGGAGGCAGAGCUGCAGAGGAUCGAACAAGCCUCCAUCAAAGAUUACAUUAAGGAAAGUCAAAACAUUGCUCUUCUGCACAACCAGAUCACUGCGUGUGACUCCAUACUUGAGCGAAUGGAGGGUAUGCUGAGUGGCUUUCAGAGCGACCUUUCCUCCAUCAGCAGUGAGAUCCAGACCCUGCAGCAGCAGUCAGUCAGUAUGAACGUUCGAUUGAAGAACAGGCAGGCUGUACGGAGCCACCUCAGCCAGCUGGUGGACGAGCUAGUGGUGCCUGGAGUCAUGAUCUCCACCAUCCUGGAAAGUCCAGUGACAGAGCAGGAGUUUCUCGAGCAGCUCCAUGAGCUCAACACAAAGAUCAACUUUGCCAAAGAGCUGAGCUUCAGAGAAACCUUGGCCUGCUCCGACAUCCAGGACAUUGUUGAUCGCCUCAAACUCAAGGCAGUCUCAAAGAUCAGAGAGUUUAUUCUUCAGAAGAUCUACUCCUUCAGGAAACCAAUGACAAACUAUCAGAUCCCACAAAAUACUCUGCUGAAAUACAGAUUUUUCUAUCAGUUUCUUUUGGCUAAUGAAAGAACCGUUGCCAAGGAGAUCAGGGACGAGUAUGUGGACACGAUGAGCAAGAUUUACUACAGUUACUUCAAGUCCUACAGUGGCCGGCUCCUCAAAGUGCAGUAUGAGGAGGUAGCAGACAAAGAUGACCUGAUGGGAGUGGAAGAUACAGCUAAGAAAGGUUUUUUCUCCAAACCGUCUUUAAAGAGCAGGAAUACCAUUUUCACUUUGGGCCAGAGGGGGGCAAUAUUGAGUCCAGCAGAGCUGGAGGGUCCCAUCCUGGUUCCACAUACAGCUCAGAGAGGGGACAGCAGGUAUCCGUAUGAGAUGUUGUUCCGCAGCCAGCACUACGCCCUGCUGGACAACGGCUGCAGAGAAUACCUCUUCUUGUGUGACUUUUUCAUGGUGACUGGAAACUCGGCCCUGGACCUUUUCAACUGCAUCAUGGGGAAAACUCUCAGCAUGUUCCUGAAGAGCAUGUCCACUUACGUGUCAGACUGCUACGACAGCAUCGCUGUCUUUCUCUGCAUCCAUAUCAUCCUCAGAUUCAGAGCCAUCACAGCCAAGAGGACCAUCCCUGCUCUUGACAAGUACUGGGAGGCCGUGUUGGAGCUGCUGUGGCCGAGGUUUGAACUCAUUCUGGAGAUGAAUAUCCAGAGCAUCAGAAACACUGACCCUCAGAAACUGGGAGUCCUGGACACCAGACCACACUACAUCACUCGGCGAUAUGCAGAAUUCUCCUCCGCCAUUGUGAGCAUCAAUCAAACAUUUCCUAAUGAGAGGACCAAUGCUCUGCUGGGCCAGCUGCAGGUUGAGGUUGAAAACUUUGUGCUGAAGAUGGCAGCAGAAUUUCCCUCCAGGAGAGAUCAGCUGAUCUUCCUCAUCAACAACUACGACAUGAUGCUCAGUGUCCUGAUGGAGAGGGCAGCAGAUGACAGUAAAGAGGUGGAAAGUUUUCAACAGCUGCUCCUUGCUCGAACGCAGGAGUUUAUCGAGGAGAUUCUGUCUCCUCCCUUUGGGGGGAUGAUUGCCUUCGUGAAGGAGGCUGAGGCACUGAUGGAGAAAGGGCAACUAGAUCGACUGAAGAAUGAAGAAGCUCGGAUCACUCAGCUGGUCCGAGGGUUUUCCAGCACCUGGAAGCAGUCGGUGGAGUCAAUGAGUCAAGACGUCAUGAGAUCCUUCACUAACUUUAAAAAUGGAACUAGCAUCAUACAGGGCGCUCUGACUCAACUCAUCCAAUACUACCACGGCUUUCAUAAGGUUCUGAACCAGCCGACGUUCCGCAGCCUGGCCGUCCGCUCAGAGCUCAUCAACCUUCACCAUCUCAUGGUCGAGGUGAAGAAGCACAAACCCAACUUUUAACGAGUGGGAGGGUUGCUAAAACGCUGAGCUUCAACCUGGAAAUAAUGACCCUUCUGAGCUCACUUCGUCAUUCCUUUUUCAGACUCAUUGAAGUUUGAAAGCCCCCUGUUUUUUUUUUUCCCACAUGUGAAAUAAGUUCCAACACAGAUUACAUAGAAGGAGGUUUCAUCUUUACGUUUGACGUUCAUCAUUGAACUUUUGCAUAUAUUCCUCUGAAAAAACUGCAAAACACACAUUUUGUACCUGUGAACUUGGAAAAUUAAAAACUUUCAUUUAAACAUAACCAAAAUGUCCCCCGAUUGGGUAUGCAACUUUGGUGUAAAUGUUGCUGAUAUUAACGUAAACCACCAAUAUUUCGAUCAUUCAGCCAGUUGCUAAAUUUGUGCGUUUAAAUUAUCUUCCAAAUUUAGAUUACAGAGGAAUUAAAUGUUGCUGUAUUUUUCCCACUAGUUACUAAAACAGUUGAACAAAAUAUUUGGGUGCAAUUGAAACAUUUGUGUGGCUGAAAUGAUGGAUUCAGUUAUUUUGUGGAUGUGUAUGAAGGAAGGUGUAUGAUUUUCUCUGGAAAAUGCCCACAAUCUUGCUCUCCUAACAUGGAAGAAACUUGCAUUUCUUUGUGAUUUAUAACACUGCACAAGGCAGAGAAAAGCCCCGCUGACCCUUAAGGAAGGUGCAUUUUUUUCCAUGUCAGCAAAUUCUAUUGUUAUAGGAUUGAAUUUAAAAGUCAAGGAGCAUCUCUUAUCUUUGUUUAGAACAAUCAAUCUUUGGAUUUUACCUCUGAAAAGCAUUAAUAUUUGGAAAAACACAACUGAUAAUCAACACGUCUGUUAGUCCCAGCCUGCUCCCAUUCCAUAUUAGAUAUGUCAGCAACAUAUCUAAUAUCUUGAUGAAUUAAGAGAGAAACUGAUCAAUUCACAUGUGAUUUAAGAAUGUAAUAUUUUCUGAUAAUUUUAAAUUCCAACCUAUUUUAAUUAACAUGAUUCUGAUCCCUCCUUAAACCAGUCAUCUAUGAUGAAUUUAUGUAGAUUAGGGACCCUGACCAAACCUAAAUAUCUUAAAUUCAAAAUGAUAUAUUUUCAAAUUACAUAUUCCUAAGACUAUGAGCCAAUCACUUUUUAUUGAUUUGUCUUUUUUUGUCAAAAUGGACAUGGAACAUCCAAAGAGUAGGUGAAAUUGGCUUGAUUUAAAAAUAUAAUAGGUCAGAAGAAACAGCAAAAAUAUACAAAAACACAAAUGGAGAAAGACUACGAGUAAACCCGAUUUGUUCACAAAGAGAAAGGCGAUAACUUAGAGGACAUAUUGUUUUCAGUGUGAAGGAAGUCCUGGAUAAAAAGAUUAUUCAAGUUGCAGCAUGUCUUUGUUUCUUUGUCCUUUGAGUUGCAUCUAUUCCUGUGAACGUGUGUUUUAAGGCAUUCCCACUUAACCAAACAUUCUGAAUGAGUUAAAAAUGAAUAAAGAACAAAAAAACUUUUUUUUAAAUUUCUUUAUUUGAGAUUUAAAUUAAAUAAUAAAUAUUUUUUACAGAUAGGAGAUCACACGUCAAUUUCUAAUUUACUUUAUUUUUAAAAAAUCCUUUCUACAAAUACAAUCAAGAAACAGUUUUGAAAUAGCCUUGUUUAUAAUUUUAACAGUUUUUUGUAAAAUCACAAAUUGGUGCAACAAAAAAUAAUACAGAAAAUUUUGAAGUCAUAAUUUUAGUGAAUUAUUUUAUUGGUCUCUUAAAUUCUGUUAGAGAGGUUUUAGACUAUGUACAUUUUUUAUAAAUUAGAAAACUAGAUGAGUUUUAAAUGUUGAUUACUGAAUUUUGAAGUUAAUCGGUAUUUAACAGAAAGGAGGGAAAAGACCAAAACACCCUCUUAAAAGAUACAACAUGUGGGGUAGAUUAAAUAUGUACACAGAAAGAGAAAAUCAAUAGGCCUAAUUAUGUCUACAGAUACACUAUAAAAAUAUCUCAAACAGAACUACAUCAUUUGGCCAGUAGUGGUUCACAAAACGGUGUAACUGGAACCAAACAUUUUUAAUAUAAAAUAUUGACCAUCAGAAAUGGACCAGACCACUAAUAGAAGUAUUUCUUGAUUACAAUCGUGCGUAAGAUUGCAAGGCUCACUGUUUCUUCUCCUAUUUACAAAUCCUCUCUGUCUGCUGGUCAGAGAGUGUUAAAGUCUGUAUAUAUGGUUCCAGAAAAAUAUGUCUCAAUGAAGAUAAAUAAUGUGGGAACACAAUAACAGAACAGACAAGAGAAGCGCUGAACAGCUGCUUGUAGCUGCAGCAUCUGAAAAGACAGAACAGAUAUAUAUUGUUAUUUCAGGUCAAAGUGUUUCCUUUAGGAAUCACUUAUUGGUGUGAUAUGUUUGUAUGAGUAACAUAUAUAUCGGCAUCUCACAAUGAGACAUAAAACUAUAAAAUAGACUUAACCCCUUUGGUUUGCUAUCAUACUUUUUGAAAAUAGAUGUUUUUACUUCUGCUCGAUAAAAAUUAUUGUUGCUAGGAAACAAAACCAAGACUCGGUUGGUUGAUCUGAAAGUGCAAAGGUCACUGACUGUUUUGCUUUCUGAAGUCAGGUAUUCUCACCUAUCAGAAUUUGUUCCCGCUUUUCUUGGAUUCUCGAUGACGGGGAGUUUUCUGAAAGCAGAAAUACUGAAAAUGAUUAUGAUGCAGAUGAUGGUUGAUAUUAAACUACUCUUUAAGACAAAAAGUAUGCAAGACAUACAUUUACAUUGGUAAGUAAUAAGUAUGAUCAAUUUUAACUUUUAAUUUUAAGUUUCAUACCAAAAUCUAAACUUCACAUUGUUCACAGGAAGCUGUGCUCUCACCCUUUAUGGACAGCUUUAUGGUGCUGACAGAGAGGUCGUCCUGAUCCAAAACUUUGUAUAUUCCUUCAUCGAAGUAUUGUAGAUUCUUUAUGGUUAAUUGUUCAAGCUGAUGAUGUUUUUCUAUGCGUUCGUUGUUUUCAUCCCCUCUCUUCCACAGGUUCACCCACUCCGAACUGUUUCUGUAUAACACGAGAGAAAAUUAAAACAAGAUGAGCUUUA